ACAGGUUAUCAACUCUACAAGGGUACAACUCUGAACACAUUUUCGAGCGGGAGGUUCUUCAGGACCUCCAGAGUCCAGGAAGUUUAGGGAGGCAAGGAACAAGGAAUCAUGCUGGUGCCAUUGGUGAGCUUGUGGAUGCUGCUGCUGAGCAGGGCAGAAGCUCAACAGGACCCAGAGUUUGAGCAGCAACAGCAGCUUGCAGGUAACAAGCUCCGGUCUCGUAAUCAUCGACUCUGGCGAGACGGUGUGGCGGAGCGGUGCAGCUGGGGCGGUCGUAGCAGAAGCCGCAGAAGAAUGUGGUUCUUGGGAGCACCAUCAUCGGGGCGUAUGCCCAACAUGGGAACCUCUAGGAGGCGCUGUGCGUCUCUAGGGAGAUGUCGCAGAGGGAUGUAGCGUCCUGGACCGCUGUUGUGAGCGCGUAUGCCUUCAAGGGGCAUCUGGAUUGCGCCCUGCACAUCUUCGACAGAAUGCCUUCCCGCUGCGUGGUGCUGUGGAACGCUAUGGUCACUGGGUAUCCUCAGAGCGGGUAUAUGCAGCCUGCAGAGGAGCUCUUCAGAAGAGCGCCCAAGCGCAAUUCGGUGACUUGGUCUGUGAUGGUGCACGCAUAUGCCCGGCUGGGGCAUCUUGAAGACGCCACGAUUAGAAUGCCGCAGCAGUCUAUCGCCUCUUACACUUCGAUCAUCUCCGCAAGCGUAGAGAAAGGAUUCGUGGAGAGCGCUCGGAAAUUGUUCGAGGAGCUUCCCCAGUACGAUGUGGUGCUUUGUAGUGCACUGAUUAGUGCAUAUGCCAACACUGGGCACGGCAAGGAGGGCCUCGAGCUGUUCAGGAAAAUGGACCAAGAAGGUGUGCAGCCCGAUAAGAUCAUAUUCGUGAGCCUGUUGGACGCGUGUGCGAAUCCAUCGAAGUCAUCUUCAGCAGCAGAAGCCAGAACUUUGCACAAAAGCGUGACAGAAGCGGGGUUCCAGCAAGACUUAACGGUUGGGACGGGGCUUGUGAACAUGUAUUGCAAGUGUUGGAAGAUGCUAGAAGUGUGUUGGAAGAUGCUUGAAGAUUCUGCUGGCAGCCUGUAAGAAUCAUGCUGAUCCAGCUCGUGAGUCACGCGCUGCAGAGCAUGUCCUCCGACUCGAGAAAGAAAGAGCAAAGAAUUCCUCAAUGCAUGGGUUUGGAGAGAAUAGUGAUUUUAUUAUCAAGCUGGCUGCGUUGCACACAUGACAUCCCAUAGCGAGAAGCGAGAGGAACUACAUCUGAAGAUCAUGCUUGAUGAGCCUCACUGAAGAGGCUGCCAUUGAAGAGCUUGGAGCUACAAAGAAACUGUCUUCUUCCUUAUCCCGAUUGGACUAGCCACCGGCAACUAGCCAGCACAACAGCGUAAGUUACUUGACUCUCUCUGAGUAUUAAAGGUCGUUGCUUUAGUCCGCAGUGGGGCCACAGAUUAUGUGCAUUUCACUGUUGGAAAUCAUGCGAUAGUGAGGACAAUGAUAUAAACGUCGAACGUUGUGGACCCAGCUACGGGUAAGGUUUUGCUCAUGGAAAGUUGUUGGAGUUGGAUAUAGCUGGUUUCAAGCACUUGCUUUAUAGUUCUGGAAGGCCAUCCGAGACUGUAACUCAAGAAAGUCGGGUCAAGCAAGGUACCCUGUACGGAAACUGUUUGAAGGAUACACCUGCUCCUGGCAAGUGUAACUCUGGCUGACAGGAGAGCUGGUGGAAAGGUCUUUCUGUGGAGAAACUAGCGAGCCGUCCUGAAUGACGAGGAGUACAGUGAGUCACAAAACAUUUUUGCUGGAGGGCGGAAGCCACUUGACGUAUAUCACAUUGAAGACUUUCGAAGGACCAGUAGUUGAUCGACAUCGCAGAGUAGUGGACAAGUUCGCUACGGCUCUUCUGCUAGUAUAAAUUCUUUGGGGCAGUCCUCAGAAUCCUCAGAAUCGAAAGAAGUGAAGAACUAGAAAGCUGAAGAGAAAUGGAGGUUCAUCGAGUGAGAUUGCUGGCUGUGUUGGCUGCUCUUCUUCUCGCAAUUGAAGGUAACACUUGUUUUGCAUUUCCUCAGGUGAAUUUCCAAUUCUGUUUCUGAAUUGUCGUUC